AUAAACACUACCAAAAUUUUUGGCCUUAAUUAGAGAAAAUUUAUUAUUGUAAUGAGUGUCGCUGCAAUGACUAUGGACGAUCAGAGACCAUUGAUGAAUAGUUACGAUAAAAUGUCCUCUAAAUAUGAACAAAAUUUACAUAAUGCCUCCUCAUCCUCGUCGUCGGUUGUUGGAGGAGGCAACAGUGUUAGUGGUGGUGGUGUCGGUGGUGGCGGCAAUAGCGGUGGCCUUUUGUCGGGUCCCGCUUCGCCAACACCCUCUGUAACAGAGGAACCCACAUCUUCCGCACAUCAUGCGGGAAGCAGCGGCCACCAUCAUCACCACUCGGCUUAUUCACAUCAUCAUCAUCACCAACAUCAUCAUCAUCCGCAUCAUGUUCAUCAUGCGGUUAAUCAACAACAACAGCAGCAGCAACAACAACAGUCCUCAAGACCCUCAUCGCCGAUAUCAACGGGUGUCAUGCAUCAGGAUACAGUUGCUGCUGCUGCCAUCAUAGCUGCAGCUGAACAGCGCCAACGUCAACUCGAAGAUGAAAUUGAAAAUCUUAAAUUGGAACAACAACGUCUCACAAUGCAAUGCACCGAUGCCCAAAGACGUGAAAAGAUACUUAUGCGUCGUUUGGCCAAUAAAGAGCAAGAGUUUCAGGAUUAUGUGAGCCAAAUAGCUGAAUACAAGGCCGCUCAGGCCCCCUCAGCCGUUGCCUUGAGAUCGGCCUUAUUGGAUCCAGCUGUUAAUUUACUUUUCCAAAAGUUAAAGAAAGAAUUGAAAGCCACCAAGGCCAAAUUGGAAGAAACUCAAAAUGAAUUGUCGGCUUGGAAAUUCACGCCCGAUUCAAAUACCGGCAAACGUUUAAUGGCCAAAUGUCGCCUACUGUAUCAAGAGAAUGAGGAACUUGGCAAAAUGACAUCCAAUGGCCGUUUGGCCAAAUUGGAAACGGAAUUAUCGAUGCAGAAAAGUUUCAGCGAAGAGGUGAAAAAAUCACAAUCAGAACUUGACGAUUUUCUCCAGGAACUAGACGAAGAUGUUGAGGGUAUGCAAAGUACAAUUCUAUUUUUGCAACAAGAACUUAAAACCACUCGAGAUCGUAUACAAGUAUUGGAGAAGGAAAAUUUUCAAUUAAAAACCGGCAUCUCAACAACCACCAAUCAGGAUCAGGAACAACAACAACACGGUGAUGUUAAUGCAAUAAAAAAUGAACAAGAUAUGUCACCCGCCGGCGCUGCUGAUGAUAUUUGUGAUGAUGAUGAUGGUACAGCAAAACUUGUGAAUGGCAAUAUUUAUGGUAAUGAUGUACAAAUGCAACAACAACAAAUGUCCCCCGAACAGAUGAUGUACAAACAACAACAGCAACAAAUUCCAUUGGAGACAAUUGAUGAGAAUGUAACUAUGCGUCCAGGCCAAAACACCACAACCACCACCGCCACCUAUUACAAUGGUAAUGAAUGCGAUGCGGCAAUGAGUGAACUAAUCCAUGAGGGUAAUGGUGGUGGUGCAAUUGGAGCUAAAAUGCGAACGGUUGCCUCCAGGAAACGUAACUAUGAGUGUGAUGCACCCAUGGAAAGUAUACAAAUGCAAGCAAUGGCACAACAGCAGCAGCAGGCACCUGUUUCUAUGGUCUCUUCACCGCGCACAUUGCCUCCGAAAAAAUCGAAACUAAGAGUUGUGCCUCCCACCCGUAGAUCUUCAAUACAAUCGAUUGAUGAGAAUGAGAUGCUCAUGAAUACGUCGACGACGGCGGCGGCGGUAAACAGCAUUGUGGACAAUGCUAUGGAUGGUAUGGCCAAUGAAGAAUCGGCGGCGUGUGAUCCUCUGGCAAAUGAUGCAUCGGCCAUGGAUCAACAACAACAAAGUUCGGGUAUGGCUCAGCGUAUUAUGACACGACGAAGAUCGGUGAGAUUAAAUGGUGCCAGCAAUGGUGGCGGAGGCGGUGAUAGCAAUCACUGA